AUGAAGCAAUACACUAUUUCAAGACAGAACAUACUGUAUGACAUGACCAAAGAUCAAGAAACCAAGAAAUUGGAAUCAGAAUCAACUAUGGCUGAAGGUACUACAGGAUCAUAUGCAACUAUGUCACUGGGUGAGGACAAGAGAAUUGUGGUUCAUUCCCACAUUCCUAUGCCUUCCUCUGGCACGGCACAUGCACCUUGGUUUGACAGCAGAGAUGCUACCCUGUUUAUUGAAAGGUUUUAUCAGAUAUGCAAGAAUCAUGGAGUAAUUGAUUCUAAAAACAUUAUUGAAUGGUUGGCUAGGUACUGUGUUACAUGGAUUGGAGAAUGGAUGAAGACCUUGGAAGGCUAUAAAGAAGGUAAUUGA